GUUCGUCCAGUAUUCUGUCUGCAAGCCAACGUUGUGGGUCUAAUAAAUUCUCGAAUAACCAAAUAUCCGCGUGGCCCUCGUAAUCCCAUCCACCUGUGUUAAACCCCGCCAAAAUCGUGAUGAACGCCGAGGAGGAAGUCAUGAGGAUCCAGAAGAAGCUCACGAAGAUGUCAAACGGCGACGGGACGGGACAGGAGCAGGCCUUGGAGCUCCUCAAGAUCCUGCAAAAAUUACCAGUCGAUUUGGAACUGCUCACCAAAACCAGGAUAGGAAUGACUGUCAAUGCAUUACGUAAAUCCAGUCACGAUGAGGAAGUCAUAUCGCUGUCCAAGACGCUGAUUAAAAAUUGGAAGAAAUUUUUGAAUGCUUCAAACAAAGAUGGAAAGGACUCUGGGUCGACCAGCAGCUCCAAGAAGAAGGAGGAACGUUCAGAAAAGUCCAAAGACGACGACAGGAAGAAGGACUCAGACAGUGGUGACGUUAAAAUUAAAGAGGAAAAAUCCAGGAAGGAUAUGGAUAAGAAGCAGACGUCCUUUCCUCCAGCCACCACCACUGAUGCUGUAAGACUCAAGUGCAGGGAACUACUGGCGGCUGCCCUGAGGGUCGAUGGGAAAACUAUUGAGGGCUGUGCAUCCCCUGAGGAACUCGCCGAGGAACUGGAGGAGGCUAUUUAUUGCGAAUUUAAAAAUACUGACAGCAGAUAUAAAAAUAGGGUUCGUAGUCGUGUUGCAAAUCUUCGAGACGCCAAAAAUCCCACCCUGCGGACGAAUUUCCUCGUGGGGGCAAUUCCAGCGAAACGUCUUGCUGUGAUGAGUGCCGAGGAGAUGGCGAGUGACGAGAUAAAACAGCUUCGAGACAAAUUCAAGAAAGAAGCCAUCAACGACGCUCAACUGGCCACUGUGCAGGGCACCAAAACCGAUUUACUUAAGUGUGGAAAAUGUAAACAGCGUAAUUGCACGUACAAUCAAGUGCAGACCAGGUCCGCUGACGAGCCCAUGACAACGUUUGUGCUGUGUAAUCACUGUGGCAAUCGGUGGAAAUUCUGCUAGGGAGCUUCCAGGGAUGUCCCGUGGCGUUCGACUUCUGUUAUCGAGUUGUAUUUUUGGUUUGAUGAUGGCGACGCUCAGAUAAUUCAUCAAAAGCUGAAAUUUAACUUCAUAUUUUCGUCCCAAGUUCCGUUUUUUCCCCGAGGGAUAGUCAAUUCGAGAGACUGCGAGGGCUUUCAACAAUUUAAUUAAACUACAAUAAUAUGUAUUUUGGAUUCAGGGAUGAGUGAUUAUUUAUGGAUGGGGAGGUGGAAAGCAAUUUUGUAAUUUGUGCUUCGCUGAAUUGAAUUUGACACAUUUGUACAUCAAUUUUGUGACAAUGCCAUGUGUAUUCGUCUGUUUGAUUUUCCUUGGAGUUCAUCGGGUGUAGAUUACAUAUUGUAUUUUAAGGAUCCUUUUCACCGACAGGCUCACUCCUACAUAUUAUGGAAAUACGUCUACCUUUGAUUAUCUUCUCUCCUUGAUACAUUGAUUCUUCUGGGCCUAAUACCUCAUGAUUGUACUUCUGACGCGCUACACCACUGAAAAUAAAUGCCAUUAAAAUA